AUGUUUAGAAAUAUUAUUAAAUUAAAUAGGGGAUUAAGUAGAUAUUACUCUACAGCUGGUCGUAGAUCAUCAAAUGGUAACAAGGGUUUUUCAUUCAAUUCAAAUUCAGUUAAAGUUGGUGGUGCUAUUGCCUUAUCAGCAUUAACCAUCACUGGUUUAUCAACCGUCUUAUUAGAACAAGAAAAGAAAGAAGAACAAGUUGAAGUCAACGCCACCGAAGAACCAAAGAAAUCAGAAAAAGAAUAUAAAAAAGCCAUGGAUACAGAUUACGAUAUUGAAUCAUUUAAAUACGUUAUUAUUGGUGGUGGUACAGCUGCAUAUUAUGCUGUUGACAAAAUUUUAGAAAAUGACAAAGAAGCCACCAUUCUUAUUAUUUCCAAAGAACGUGAUGUUCCAUAUCAAAGACCACCAUUAACUAAAAACUUAUGGCAAACUAAAGAUGAUAAUGUUGUUAAUACAUUAUCAUUCUCAGAUUGGUCAGGUAAACAACAAAAUUUAUUAUACGAACCAGAAUCAGUUUAUGGAAGUGAAAUUUUACAAUUUGUAAAGACUAGAUCAGUUAUUGAUUUACACAUUGAUGAAAAAUUGGUAUUAUUAAAUGAUGGUAAGUUAAUUCGUUAUGAUAAAUGUUUAAUUGCCACUGGUGGUGAACCACGUAAUUUCAAAUUUACAUCAACCGACAAAGAAAAGAUUACUACAUAUAGAACUGUUGAAGAUUUCAAGAAUCUUUACAACUUUAUUAAAGAUGGUAAUAAACAUGUUACCAUUCUUGGUGGUGGUUUCUUAGGUAGUGAAUUAACAUGCUCAUUAGGUUUAAAUUUUGGUGAAAAAGGAAUCAAACUUGCUCAAGUUUUCCCAGAAAAUGGUGUUUAUGCCAAUUUAUUCCCAGAAUAUCUUUCAAAUUAUGCAACCGAAGAAAUUAGCAAAAUUGGUGUUGAUGUCAAAACUAAGCGUCUCGUCAAAGAUAUCACCGAUAAUAAUGGUCGUUUAACCGUUCUUUUAGAUGAUGGUUCUUCAUUCGAUACUGACCACGUUGUUGUUGCAGCUGGUAUCAUCCCAAAUACUGAUGUUGUCAAAAGUACUACCCUCGAAAUUGAUCAAGUAAAUGGUGGUUAUGUUGUUAACCCAGAACUCCAAGCCCGUACCGAUCUCUUUGUUGCUGGUGAUGUUGCUUCUUAUUACGAUUUCUCUUUAGGUGUUCGUCGUCGUGUUGAACAUCACGAUCAUGCUCGUGCCACUGGUGAACUUGCUGGUAAUAACAUGUCAACUAAAACAACUCCAAAUCCAUACACUUAUCAACCAUUCUUUUGGUCAGAUUUAACUCCAGGUGUUGGUUUCGAAGCUGUAGGUAACACAAGUGCCAAAUUAAAAACUUUUUCAGUUUGGGAAAAGAAAGAAGGUGAAAACGAAGAACAAAAAUACAACAAAGGCAAUAUCUAUUAUUUAAAUGAUAAAAAUCAAGUUGUCGGUGUUCUCUGUUAUGGUAAUUAUGGUAAAAUGGAUACUGCCCGUCGUCUUAUCCUCAAAAAGAGAGUUAUCCAAGACUUAAAUGAAUUACAACAUGCAAUCGAUUUUGAUGAACAUCAUUAA